AUGACGAACAAGACGAAGAGGAAGACAAAUAAUAAAAGGAGGAAGGCCGCCGCGCAGACAGCAGCGGGCAUCCAAAGGGCUCCCACGCAGGAGGGUGCCGCGCAGACAGCGGUGGGUAUCCAGAGGGCUCCCACGCAGCACGAGGAGGGCGCCGCUCAGACAGCAGGGGGCAUCCAGAGGGCUCCCACCCAGAAAGAGGGCGACGAGCGAACAGCAGUGGGCAGCGAGCACAUCCCUACGCAGGAAGGAGAGCGCCGCGGAGGUAGAAGCGGGCAUCCAGAGGGCAGCGGGGCAGAAGGCAGGCUCCAGGCGGAGAAACAGGGGCGGCAAGCAGAGAAGCUCACAGGAGACAACCAGGCCGCGCACAGAGCAGGCUGGGAGCGCUGCGCAAGCAGCACCGGGCAGCCCGAGGGUCGCGGGGGAGCUGAUCAAGCGAGGCUCCCGGCAGCAGAAGAAAAGUGGCGGCAAGGAGGAGAUCGCCAGGCGGCGGAAAGAAAUAAGGGUCGCAAAAAGACGGGCAGAUGA